AUGACAAACUUUAAGCAAGAAAGUUUUGUUUCCGGAUUGAUACCGUCAGGUGGUACAUCUAAAGAUACUGAUACUCAUAGCACAUUCGAUGACAUUUUAUCGUUAAAUGGAGAACCAACUCCUCCUCCACGAUGGAUGGAUGACAUAUUGAAGCCUCAGACAAUGUUGCUUGGUCGCAGCUCUGGUAAACGACUCACUACAAGCAAAACCUCAGGAAGACAGCUGAAUGCAAAAAAUUUACGCUUGGAUCUUUCGAAGAUACCUACUCAGGAAUCGGGGGUACCCAUCCCAAGGGCUCGAUUUGGAAUGAACUCCUCACCUUCCCAGCUGAACUCCUCGGCUACACCUCAUAGAACACUUACUUUAAGAUCUCCACAAAUAUUCGGGAGUCGAAACGGGGAGAAGAAAACAAAGAAGAAAGACUCCAUACUAUCUUUAAAGAUAUCAACAACGAGACCAAGCAAAUCUAUUGCAACACAAAAAUUGAAUUCUACAGGGAAACAAUUUGAUGCUAAAUCAUUGAGAGAUAGUUUGGGCUUAAACUGUGACCCAAGUACUGAAUCAGAAUUUUUUCCGCCUCGGAAACUACUUUCAUGCUCAUCAGCGUCUUCUAGUUCUAGCGUAUCAUCUGGUAAUUCAUCAUCUUCGGAAUCUGUGGCUCCGACCGUGUCGUCAUCAACAUCUCCAUUGGUUCCGUCUGAUGGUGCAAGGGAUGAUAUUUAUGACGAGUCUGAUUUUGUUAAUUCCUACAAUGCGUAUCCAGAAGGACCAGUAUGCGUUUUGGAGCCUAAUCUAUAUUUAUAUUCGGAGCCAACGGUGGAUCAAAUUAACAAGUUCGAUGUUGUGAUAAAUGUUGCACAAGAGAUAAAAAAGUAUUCCGCAACCAAAUCAUCAGUGUCACCAUCGGAACCCAAUUCGGUACUUAAGGAUGUUGAUUAUUAUUUUAUUCCAUGGAACCAUAAUUCUAGGCUUCAUUCAGACUUCAUAAAAUUAACUAGGGUUAUUGAUGAUUCCUUGAUGGCCAACAAAAAGGUUCUCAUACAUUGUCAAUGCGGUGUCAGCCGUUCUGCAUCAUUAAUAUUAGCAUACUUUAUGAGAGCAUUUCAUUUAGACUAUAGCAAGGCAUAUGAACGUCUUAAGAAACAUGCUCCAUCCAUUUCCCCUAAUCUGUCAUUAAUUUAUGAGUUAAUGGAGUGGGGAAGAUAUCUUGAAAAUCAAGAUAACUUUAAUGCACAGAACUAA